AGAAACUAAUUAAAGUCCGCGCAAACCCUAGAAAAUACUAAUAACCCCAAAUCCGAAAAAUCGAUUUCGUCAGACUCAGAAUCUAAAGGUGAUUGGAACGUAAAGACUUUGCCUUUUUUGUGCAAUGUCACCGGAUCAUAGAGAUAGCCAUAGAAAGAGGUCUCGUCCUCAGUCUGAUUAUGAUGACAAUGGUGGAAGCAAAAGGAGAUAUCGUAGCGAUGAUAGGGAUUCACUUGUGAUUGAUCGUGAUGAUACUGUAUUCAGAUACCUGUGCCCGGUUAAAAAGAUUGGGAGUGUUAUUGGUAGAGGAGGUGAUAUUGUCAAGCAACUGAGGACGGACACUAGGUCGAAAAUUAGAAUAGGGGAAGCAAUUCCUGGAUGUGAUGAACGCGUGAUUACGAUCUAUAGUCCCAGUGCUGAGACCAAUGCCUUUGGAGAUGGAGAGAAAGUUCUUUCUCCUGCGCAGGAUGCUUUGUUUAGGAUCCAUGAUAGAGUAGUUGCAGAUGAUGGCCCAAGCGAAGAUAGCUCUGAAGGAGAGCAACAAGUUACAGCAAAGUUGCUGGUUCCUUCGGAUCAGAUCGGAUGUAUUCUUGGGAGAGGUGGCCAGAUUGUCCAGAACAUUCGGAGUGAAACAGGUGCUCAAAUUCGCAUCAUCAAGGACAGGAACAUGCCUCUAUGUGCCUUGAGUUCAGAUGAGCUCAUUCAGAUAUCUGGAGAAGUGCUCAUUGUUAAGAAGGCUCUGCAUCAGAUUGCCUCUCGCCUUCAUGAAAAUCCUUCGCGUAGUCAGAACCUACUUUCUUCUGCAAUAUCUGGUGGAUAUCCUUCUGGUACACUGAUGAGCCAUGCGGGUGCUCCUCGACUUGUAGGGAUAGCACCGCUGAUGGGUUCAUAUGGACGUGAUGCUGGAGAUUGGUCACGCCCUUUAUACCAACCUCCAAGAAAUGAGCCACCGCCAACAGAGUUUUGUAUUCGCCUAGUUUCCCCAGUUGAAAACAUUGCAAGUGUUAUUGGGAAAGGUGGUGCUCUAAUCAAUCAGCUUCGACAGGAAACCAGAGCAACCAUUAAAGUUGAUAGCUCUAGAACUGAAGGAAAUGAUUGUUUAAUAACUAUAUCAGCAAGAGAGGUUUUUGAGGACGCGUAUUCCCCAACCAUAGAAGCAGCUAUGCGACUGCAACCAAAAUGCAGUGAUAAGGUGGAAAGAGACUCUGGACUUGUUUCAUUCACCACUCGUCUUCUCGUGCCAAGUUCUAGGAUUGGUUGUAUCCUUGGUAAAGGAGGAGCCAUCAUAACUGAGAUGAGAAGAAUGACCAAAGCUAACAUCCGUGUUCUGGGAAAGGAAAAUCUUCCAAAAGUUGCAUCUGACGAUGAUGAGAUGGUUCAGAUCUCUGGAGAACUUGACGUUGCCAAGGAUGCUCUCAUACAAAUUACAUCAAGAUUAAGAGCCAAUGUUUUUGACCGGGAAGGUGCUGUUUCUGCACUUAUGCCGGUCUUGCCAUAUGUUCCUGUUGCACCAGAUGCUGGUGAUAGAUUGGACUAUGAUAGUAGAGAUAGCAGAAGACUGGAACGCGGGAAUCCUUAUCCUGGUGGUUAUGGCUCAAGUGGUUUGUCUUCUGAGAGUUAUUCUCCUUAUGGCGCACCGGUUGGUGGUAGUAGUAGUACUCCAUAUGGAGUGUAUGGAGGUUAUGCAUCUGGACGCAGUGGCAGUUCUGGGUUAUCCAGCCAUUCUUCUACCUAUCGACGUAGAAACUAUGAUUACUAGAAGCUAUUGGUGGGUGAUUAAAAAGAUUCUGAUUCACUGCUUUUUUCCCUUUGUGACCUUUUCCCGUCCCACUAAAACAGUGUGAGAUCCUGAAGCCUGAAGCCAACCCCACAGCCCACAGUUGAAGCCUUUUCCACCAAACAAGAUGACCAAGCUGAAUUACCAAACUCUACCUAGGAGACCCGAUUACAUGUGGAUGAGAUUUUUAAGUUUGUUUCAAAACUGUCCAUGUCCGCUGUGACCAAAAUACUACCAAGUUCCCACCCGUUAUAACCAUAUCCAGUUGGCCUUGGCUGUAAUGCUGUCUGUGUUUCAGUUUAUCUUUCUUUCCUGGGAUCAGAUUCCAAAACCUUAGUUUGGUUGUGUGUAGUUCCUUUUGUAUGAACGAUUUAACUUAUGUCAAACGCUCUCUUGCAUUGGUUUUACUUUCAGCAUGCUUAAGCUUCCCUUUGACAGGUUACCGUAUCGCAAACUAUUGCCUUAACGGUCUUCAAGAGUCAUUACAGAUCUUUUGCAGGGAAAGAGAUGAGUGAGAAUCGAUCAAUUAUUGUCGAGAUUCUUCAGGUUAAUCAACCAUUUUGGGCAUUAAGAUCAAUCUGUUAUGCCUUUUGGUCCACAUGAAAGGUAUAUAAACUUCUUCUCUCUAUAUUAUUUGUUUGCACAUAUGCUUCCCUGCCAGGAGUUAAAAAGACAGGUUGCUACAUCUGGAAGAUACUCUCGUCAUUGGAAACCAAUUUCUUGGACAUUAGAUUGCCGGUAACUUCAUCUCUCCGCAAGUUUGCACUGUGAAUACUCCAAAGACCGUCAUUUCGAGCCUAUGACUGUCUGAUUUUCUUACCUGAGCCAACCGGAUUUUGCUGCCUAUCUCAAAGCAAUCUCUUCAUUUGUUGAAUGAUGUUUUAAAUUGGUAAAACAAUUUAUAUUUCAACUUUUCAAUUAGUUAGAUCUAGUGAAACAACUUCUUUGUGUAAAACUACUUGGAUCAAUAAAGAUUUGUAUAA